AUGCCAUCGAGCACUGCAGGCGGCGGGCAGCCAGAGGAGCGCGAUGAGUACGCAAACAUGAUGAGCAAUCGCAACAAGCAGUGGCUAAUCGGGAUAAAGCUGACGCAGCUCAACUCGGACGCACCCUACUUUAACGAUUACUAUUUCACCGUGUACAAGCAGCGGCUGGCAGCGGCGAAGGCGGAGGAGCAUGCCCAGCUGCUGUUACUGUCGCUGCUGUCGAAGAACGGCAAGAGCGGGCUGCUCGGCACGAACCGCGAACGUCGCAGUUCCGAAUCCCGCUCCAACCCGAACGGCGGUAGCGAGGGAAAGGAUGGCUCAGCGCCGACGGGUGGUGGUCGAGCGUAUACCCCGCUCCAAUUUCAAAAUUCGCUCGGCAAGCUGCAGUGCGGUAGUGUGAUAGCGCCGCGAAAGCUCAUCGACGCCGACGUGAUGGGCAGCGACCAGCUGAACGGAAAUGGCGUGCCGGCACUUGAACCGCCGCCCGCCGCUAUCCAGCGCAAAGCUCGCCAUGUGCUGCUGCUUAUCGAGACGCUGUACAAGUUGGUGCUCAAGCUGGAAGAUCUCGGCAAUCCCGUUGCGAUCGAAGCGAUGAAAGCGCUGCGCGAAAAGAAAAUGCGCAAGCGAACCAGCAGCACCGGCAGCGGCAGCGGUGUGGCGUGUUUGUCAGAAGCGGGCGCCAAGAUUGGCAACGCAUUGAUAAUUAAUCCGAAUUGGCUUUGCAUACAACUUGAAACAAACCACGCCCCACGAACCACGAUGGCCUCUUCCUCGUCCAGCAGCAGCAGCAGCAGCAGAAUGUCGGUGAUGGACCGCGACCUCUGUCUGCUGCUGGUGGAGAUGUCGUCCGAGAAGGUAACCGUGCGGCAGAAGGCGUUCAACAAGAUGAGCACCAUCCUGAACAACCGGGAGGACGAUUUUCUCGACUACAUGGCAUCGGAUGCGUUCGAGACGCAGUGGUGCGCGGUGCUGGAUGCGGCUUACCACGGCAUACAGAAGCAGAGCUACGCCAUUACGACCCAGGUGCAGAGCAAGAACCACGACUACGUCGUGGUGCUGCACAAGCUCGUUGAGCUGGCGAUGGAUCGGGAUGCGCCGCAGCUACCGCACAGCCAGCUGAUCGGGUGCUUUGUGCGCGCGAUCAACGAUCAAGCGAUGCGGGACAGUUUUGGUGUGUGCUUUCUGCACGUGCUGAACAAGUUCGUGCUGUGCUCCAAGUGGUGCCUAACGCCGGUGAGCUACGAGCACUGGAAAGAAAUUCUGGACUGCUGUUUAGUGAUGCUGGAUACAGCGCACGUACCAAAGCACUUGGCGGCCAACUGUCUCUCGCUGGCUGUGGUGAAAUUUUUAGCCAACUGCUCGAUGCAAACACUGCUGGCGGACUAUUUGAGCCGGCUGAUUGUCCACCUGCGCCAGGCGGUAAACGAGAAGAAAAGUAACGUUUUAUGCGAUCUGAUAAACAUAGCUUUGUACAUAACAGAAGCGAUAGCGGUGGAUUGUAAGGCGAAGAUCAUUGCAUUCUUGGAGUCGCUCGUUCCAUGCACGGUGAAACUUUACAAGGAAGCAAACUUGCGCAAGGAACAGAAAGUGUCACUGUUCCGGUUGAUGCAUCUGUCGCUGAUAAUGUUGUACCCGGGAGGAAAAUCUCAUACCCUUGCCAAACCACUGACCCGAGACGGUUUGCAGCAGGUCGAGGACGAUGAAGCGCGAAGGAAAACGUUGCGCGAAUAUCAUUACAUACUGACGAGUGAAAUGAAGGCACGGGAUCAGAGUUCGUUCUUUGGCUCGAAUGAGGCCCCUUUUGCUGAUGGUUUCAUUGACUUUGCCGCCCGGUUGUGUUAUACGGUGUACUGGAACGAGGAUAAUUGGAAGGAAUCUAGCGGCGAAGAAACGGCCGCAAAGCGAAACAAACAGUUUAACAAACUGCAAAGCAUCAUGGAGAUGGUCGACAGAUAUGAGGCAGCACUUACUAGCGACGACUAUGCGCAACUGUUGCAACUGUUGUGCAAUGUGCAACCGAGCCUACAAUCGCCGCACGAGCAUGAUGCUUUCUACCAGUGCUGUUCCGUGCUGCUCGCGUUCGAACAAAAGUCAACCCAUCGAUCGUUGAACACAGCGGCGGCCAGCGGUGAAUCGAUUGGCGAGCUUUGGGCCAAAAUGAUAGCCGCUGCGUUCCGUGCCUGCACCAACACCGCCGCAAGAACGUGCGCUAAAUCCAAUCUCCUGCUGCAGCUAUUGAUUCGCCAUCGAAAGUAUCCGAACGUCGGCUUUCUAAACAGCACCGUGCUGGAAGCCUUUUACACCUAUGCCGUGGAGAAGACGAACCUUAACGUCGGCACGGUGCUGUCCAUCCUGGAGACGGUGGGCAACGCCGAGUGUCUCGGCAGUGUCGACGGUGUGCUGACCAAGCUGCUCAACUAUCUCUAUCCGCAGACGCGCGAAACACAGUCGAAAGCGAUACUACACGCAAAGGAGCGGCUGAGCGCAAAGACGCUGGCACGCAUUUCGAUCCUUUGCGUGGUGACUACAUGUUGCGCAAUGGAUGAGACAGAGCGGCACACACACGCCGGAGUGCACGAUACCUUUUACCGGGAGCGAGACGGGCAGUUGCAAACGCUCGAGCAAAGACUUCGCUACCAUAGUUUAGAGGAAUUGCUAGCGUUGGAGCAGCACAAAAAGGAAGGGAUUGAUGCGGAAUCACCCCAAGGCAGCGCACGAAUCUCUUACAACAUAAACGAACCACUGUUUUUGCGCCUGUGUGAGGUAGUAAGCUUCGACAAGCAUAUCCUGCCCGAUGGGAAUUAUUUUCUAGCCGAUGGAUUGGCAUGCAUCUGCGACGAUUUGGAGUUGUACCUGGAGAUGCUCAACAUUUUGCAGCUGCACGCCGCGUACGAUGAGCAGCAGUGCACCAGGAGCCCACUGUACAAAAAGGUUCUGCUCAAGUUCGACCUACUAAACGGUGGAUUUGAGCGGCUGUUGAAAAACGAUGCGGCCUCCACGCUAAAUCUCAUCAAAACCAGGAACCUUGCCGAGCGAUUGUUGGCCAUCUUUCGUGUCCCUUACCAUCCGUCGUCUGAAGGAGGGGAGGAUUCGCAGUGCGUGACCGUGUUGCAGCCGGAUAAACUGGCCACGGAAGAGCAAAUGCAGCGAUGUUUCCUCCACGUCGUAGCGGAAUAUCUGCAGUACGAAGGGCCAAGCCUGAACGAGGCUCACGAGCUGCUGGAUCGGUUGGAACUGAAUGUGUUCAGCAGUUUGGAUUUGUUCUAUCUGUUUGAUCUGUGUCGAAUACUGCUGGCGCAAACUUCCCAUGAGGUGGUGGCCGUAUGGGUACUGAGAAACCUGGUAGAUGUGUGCAAAAACCACUACACCAAUCCUGACAUUACGGAGCAGAUUAUCGAUCUGUACGGUGCUUUAACCGCCUUCGUGAGCCCGUACGAAGACAUGAUCCGCAACGUAACGAUCGUGCUGUACUCGUUCGUAAAACAGUGCGCCAAACACACGUACUCUACCGAGCUGCAGGUGAAGAUACUGGCGCAGGUGAAGUAUCUGCUCCGCGCUUACCCGCAGCACAUCCGUACGCCAACGCACGAGAGCAUCUACAACGGAUUGGUGCCGUUGCUGAGCAGCCCAAGCUAUCGCAUCAAGCUGGAAGCGGUCAGGAAUAUUCUGCACUUCAUGCAGCUCGAAUGGUCACAUCCUGACCUUUCUUCGGUUCCGUGCAGCUUUUACGAGUUUCAGCUGCAACUGUACGAUCAAAUUCAGUUCGAGGAGCUACUAGCGACCGACGGUGGGAUGGACAUGAACGAUGAGAGAAUGAACGUGAUUAGCGGUUGCCUUCAGCUGCUGUUGGGCAUCUUUCGCAUUAGCUUCAUGCUGCGUCGGCGCGCGUUGUGCGAUUUUGUGCUGCUCGUUCAGUUGGGAAGCGUAAACGAUGACAAAAUGGCAAACACCAUACGGCUUAUGCGCACCUCCAGCGAUAUCGACUUCUGCCAGCUGCUUCAAGCUAACCUGGACACCGUACUCGAGCUAUGGCUAACCAAAGGGAAUCGGUUGCUGCAUUUCCCGUUCCGUCUAGCGGGAAAGAUCGCCACGAUCGAAGAGUUUAUCCAACUGUUCAAGAAAAACAUUUCCUUCGUCAUACUCUGCAUGCAGCCGGAACGGUUCGAACAGUUCUGCAAAUCGAUUGGCGUACAGCAGGCAGAAAUGGUGAAGAGUAUACUGCCGAAAUGUGUUUCGUUCCUUCUGCCCAAGUACGCCAAAUGUGAAGGGAUGGCGCCCAAGUAUGAUGCAAUAGCUAGUCGGAUGCACAAAGCACUUGCCCCUAUAAUAAGCACGGUAGAUCUUAAAGAUUACGUGUCGGAAAUUAUCAAACACCUCACCCACCGAUUGAACGAUCACGUUGAGCUGGGCAAGCUGUUGGACCAGGACCUGCCAAGCUGCUUCGUUGCCGAUCUGUCGCUUAGCAAAGCCACUUACUCGACGGCGCUCGAGCACCUGAAACAGUCGGUAUGGGGAUCGCAAUCGUUCAAGUACACGCUGCUGAGCAAUUUGUGUUUUAAAAACAGCUCACCAAUUGAACGCACCCUAACGGAUGUCAAACGCUGGCUUUGGGCGGCUGAUGAACCGGAGCAGAAAAUGGUACAUCUCUUCCAGUACACGGUGUUUCUCGACCAUCUGAAAGAGUACAUCGGACAGCAGAAGGAACGCGCGUUCAAACCCUAUCUCGUGCGAGAUGUGGUGUAUUUCCUGUGCAACUUGUUGUCCUCCUUUCCCGCCCUACGACUUGCCACGCUCAACAGCUUCGGGCGGUUCCUGGAGCACGUGGUCGCAUCUAGCGAUGCGUGCGAGCUGCUCUCGGAACAUUUGCACUUCAUAGUGUCAUCAUUGCUGGAGGUGGAAAAUGUCGAUCCGGCAUCGGAGAUUUCUCAAAAAUCGCUAACUCUGCUACGGUUUCUGAUCUUACAACACUCUGCCGCGUUUGCGGGUGCGAUCGGUAAGCUGAAUUAUCUACCAAAGGACGAACGAUUCGAUCAGUUGCGGCUUGCUAUAUCGCGCCAAAAAACGAUCGGUCAUGAAAAUGUGCUGCCAAGGGAAGAAAUCGCGGCGCUGAUUGAGUUGCCCAAUUUAAGAUACGAAGAUUUGGCUGCGCUGAAGAUUGUGCUCACCACCAAAAAGAAAGAUCUAAAAUUAUUGUGCGAUGAGCUGAGCGAGCAAAGCGCAUCGUCGGGCGCUAAUGGGGAAAGCGUGCUUCAUCGGUUAGUCUACACUUUGCUGGAAGUUGUGCGCAGCUCCCCGUUCGACAAGCGAUCGAUGGAAGCUCUCCGAUGUUUGAGUGAAAUAGGACCGAUCGAUCUGGGAACAAUGCUGUUAAAAUCCGACGCAGAAAUGAUUGCUUACGAUACGAUCAACAACUCGAAGGAAGCAAUCGAACGAUGUGCUGCGGUGCUGCUGAGCGAAUUGAACGAGCUGAUAACGAACAGAAACGUUCCGGUUGCAAACUACGCCUCACUGAUUUGCUACAAAAUGCUGUACGGAAAAACAUUCCAUGCUUUGGCGGCCAAACUACCAACACUGCACCCAUUUUUGGGAACUUCUGCGGAAGAGAUCAAACUCUUCACUCGUACCACCGGACGCAGUUUGUCGUUGCGGCCAAUGCUUGCCAACGAACGGAUCGAGUACAGCGCUUUUGUGCAGCAGCUGUCAGCCGCGUUGCUGUCAUUUUUGGGAAAUACGAUGAUUAAAAAGCUGGCCGAACAGGAAACGACAUUCGUCGAGAAGCUUGUCCCUUUGCUGGUACAGAUAACGAUAAAGCAAUUCGAAGAGUCAAUCAUCGAUAGCAUGGGCAGCUUUAUUAAUGAGUUUUUCAACGGGUUCGCUGCCAUUCAAAAUGAGGUUCACAAUAUUUUCAAUGACCCGAAAGCUAUUCAACUGAUGCUUACCAUCGUGGAGUGUGUUCGGAUACAUAAUCAAUGCUUUCCACAGUACAAAAUUUCCGUUAACUAUCUACGAAUCGCACAAGCGUCUCAAUUCUGUCAGGCACACUUUAAAGCCAUCCUGUAUGGUGACCUCUGGUACCGGGAGGAAGAGGAGCAAGGCAAGCAUGAUGCCAAACGACACCCGGAACUGCAAAACAUAAUGAAAUCAUGCCAUUUGGCGAUCGGCGUAAACGAUGCAGUUAAAUCAUUCCUCAACCCAAUCCAGGAACGGAUGGAAUAUUACCGUCUACAGCAGAAUUACGCCAGAUGCUUGGUUAUGCAAGAUGCAAGCACACCGUGGUCGCAAGAUACCGCCCUGGACAGUGCGGGCACACAGAAUGCCAUCUUGCAAACACUGAAAGACUCCUCACUGUACGGUUUGGCUAGAUCGUUACAUGUCGCACCGCAACAGAUUGAUUACGAGUGUGCCUGGCGGCUGUCCGACUGGAAUGUACUAGUCGACGCGGACGGCGGUGUUGGUCCCAAUGUCCCGAAGAGAGCACCGGCUGCCGGUUCGAGCGCGCUGCUCCUACAGUCGCGAUCCUUCGAGCGAGCGCAUUACAAAGCGCUCAAGUGUUUGCAGCUGCGCGAUGAACUCGCGGUGGAAAGUGCGAUCGUGGCAGCGCAGCGUGCCGUUAGCGAACUUUUCAAGCUUACCAGCAUCGUUGUUAUUAUUGUUUUUAAUCGUAUGAACUGCGGAAACUGAACUACUUGUUGCUUUUGUUUUCGUUUUCGGUUUUGUUCCUUUUUUUGCUUGCUCUCCCUCAUAAUUUGUUUACUCCGCGUUGAUCUGCGUGUUUCCCAAUCACUGUUCACGCUUCGGAAUCGGAAUCCACUAUCCGGUCGUUUGCCUUCGGUGGAAG